AGUUUAGGCGUGCAUCCCUCCAGCUCUAACUACAACAGUGUAUAUGGUGCACGCUUGACUGUAGUGGCUUGUAGGACUGUGACCUGUGUUGCUGUUACCUGCACUUUAUUUUUGUUAAGAAGCCCAGUUUUUAUAUCCCCUAAAAAUGGCAAGAAAUGCAGAAAAGGCAAUGACAACUCUGGCACGGUGGCGUGCAGCACAGGAGGGUGGGGCUCAGCAGCAGAAAUCUCGCCGUCCAUACUUGGCCUCUGAGUGUGAGGACCUGCGAGAGGCUGAGAAGUGGAGGAACCAGGUGAUCUCAGAGGUGGCUAGGAAAGUCUCCCAGAUACAGAAUGCUGGUUUGGGUGAGUUUCGGAUUCGGGAUCUCAAUGAUGAGAUCAACAAGUUGCUGAGAGAGAAGGGCCACUGGGAGGUACGCAUCAAAGAGCUUGGUGGCCCAGAUUAUGGUCGUGUUGGCCCCAAAAUGACAGAUAUGGAUGGACAGGAGGCACCAGGCAACAGAGGCUACAUGUAUUUUGGAGCUGCCAAAGACCUUCCGGGUGUGAGGGAGCUGUUUGAGCAGGAACCACCACCUCCACCACGCAAAACCAGAGGAGAGCUAAUGAAAGAUAUUGAUGCUGAUUAUUAUGGUUACCGAGACGACGAUGAUGGAGUACUUAUUCCUUUGGAGCGACUUGAGGAAAAAAAAGCCAUCAAAGCAGCCAUCAGAGAAUACAAGAAUAAAAAAUUGGCAGCCAUGAGUAAAAAUGAAGAUCAGGAAGAAACAGCAGAUCCAAUCAGAAUAGAGGAGGAAGAUGAGGAUGAGGAAAGUGAAGGUGAACAGAUCUCUCCUGAUGAAACAGACGAGAGGUCAGAGGUGGCACGCUUCAUGGCCCACGUCCCCAACAUCCCAAGCCAGGCAGACAUUGAGGCAGCCCUGGUUGAACGUAAAAAGCGAGAGCUUUUAGAAACCUUCCUAGGAGACUGAGAUUGUUCAUUUAUCCAUGUUAUUAUCCUUGUAGACAGCUUUUGUGCUGUUUUCCAUCUGCAUAAUUCUUACUCCUUUUCUAUUUUUAGUGAUUGUACAUAAUGGUUAAGCUUUUUUAUUCCACUGUAAAUAUCUUCACUUUUUGGUCAUUUCAUUCUUUUCAUUCUUUAAAUUAUUAUGAGAAGCAGGGAUAAUAAUUAGGUUACCUGAAGGUUAGUUAUGAGUGAAACUCAUAGCUAUGGAAAACAAACUUUCAACAUAUUUACUCUCUGAUCUACCAAUCAGUAAAAAAAAAAAAAAAAAAAAAGCUUACCUUGAAUUCUCCUUUGUACUACUUAUAAUCUAUAAAUAUUUUUUAUGGUA